GAAACAUUAUCAACAGCUUUACCUUUACAAGAAGAGAACGAAAAACCGGAUCCAAUAGAGAUCCGUGAUGCAGGGUUAUACUUGGGAGGAAUUUCGCGUCGAAACUUUGAAAUCUUGUUAAGCUCUGUAAUCGGCAUGAUUGUUGUUGUCUUAACUUGGUUACUACACGGUACUGAAUCUAAAGAUAUCGGUACAAAAAUAAUGCAAUUACCCAUUGCAUUCAUGUUAGCAUUAUGUGGAUCUCAUGCUGAACAAUGUUCAGAAGAUCGACGUUGUGGUGUGCUUCGAGAAACUGUUCAUAAUAUACUUAAAGAAGCUUUUGAGAGUUAUUGUGACGCAAUAGUUGCAAUGAAUCCGGAAACUUUGAAAGAAAAUUUAGUCAUAAUGUACAAUAUGUACAACAUAAUUCCUCGUCCAGAAGGUGAUGAAUGGUUUUUGGAAGAGCACGAUACGCUUUCUCUGGAACACUUGAAACAAUGUUUUCAGAAAGUGCAUACAAAACGUCGAGAACUUUUAUGUCAUUUUCUUGCGCUGGAUGUAAUGACACCUGGAAGAGAUUCUGGUAGAAGAGAUUAUGAACAUCAUUGGGCAAUUGUCAAUGAACAUUUGAAUAAUUUAGGUGUUAUCACCGGAAUUUACUUGGACCGAAUUAUUGCGGCAUCAGCUAUUGACUUAUGCAUGGAUGUUUCUGACAGUGAAAGAGAACAAUUAAUAAAACAAUAUGAAACAAUAAGCAAUGACUUUGUUUAUGUUUUUCAAGAAUGGGAAGAUGGAAAAAGGGCUUUAAAAGACGUAACUGAGCCAAUACCGGUGGAUCCGGAUUUAAGCUCCAGUCGUCAGUCUCUUGAAGAAGAUACGGAAACUUUACAAGAUGAAAAUGACCAGGACGAAAACCGUUCGGAAAAGACGCUUACCAUUGAUUGGUCGCAAAUAGACGAACCUUUAGAUAUAUUAGAACAAGUAUUUGAAGCCGAAGCUAAGGCUAAGCCAGAAGAAUUUGAUUCUUUAAUACAGCAAAAGUUUUCUUCAGAAAAUAAGGUUCUGCAGCCUUCCCCCGAAGAAUUUGAGCGAAUACAAAUGCACGGAUCUAGA